CCCAUGGGGAGUGGAAAAAGAGAUGGUUCUAUAUUGGGAACCAUAAUCCUCGCUUGCCGGUGGUUACUGGUCACGUGCCAAAGCACGCAGAGAACUGGGUGAGCGAACCUGAAGAUACCCCGGAGCUCGACCAUUUGCCGCACCAGAUUACCGAGUUGAAAGCACUCGGUCGGACUGGGAUUAACGUGGUGGCCAGUUUUCUCAAGAGAAGGGUUCAGCCUCUUCAGAAACGAGCUCAUUCAAGGGGUGAGUACUCAGGAUGUAAUGACCCAUCGCGUAUGUCCGCUAAGGAUAUAUCCGACGAUGAUGUGGAAGCGCUGCUGGCCAAGUUCUUCAAGAACUAUCAAGGAGUACCGGUUAUUCCUUCAGCUCUUCGUCAAUACGAUGCUUGGUAUGAUCCAGAAGUGUCCUGAGUUCUUGCUGGCUACUUGGCGCAAUUAGAAGAAGAAGAAUCUGUUGUUGAAGAGUCAAAGGACGAGCCCUCUCCUCCUAUGAAGAAACGCCGAGUAGUCCGCAAGAUGUGUGCUGCUAAGUCUACCUCGACUUCACCUCCUGAGAAGUCUCAGGGUGCCAAGGCUGGCGAUGCGGCACUUGGUGGUGAUGAGGCUUCUAAGUAGUUGUGACCGACCCGGGCGUUGGUAUUGCGUCUGUUGAGAAGGUGCCAGAGGGGGUGCCGCCAGCGGAUGCUGGAAUAGCCCCCGAGCUGACAGCCCAAGCUCCGUCGGCUACCACGCUGCCGGUCCCUGACUAGGCAGUCCUGGGUUUGCCUGUCGGAGGGACUGGUAUUGCGAAGGAGGUAUCGCCAGUAGUUGCUACUGGUUCUUUGUUAUCCAAUGUGAUUGCUAGUGGUCUUGGCGAGAAGACAGCGCCAGCAGCUGCUCUCGUGGCGCCGAUUACUCGACCACCUGUCACCGAGAAGAAGCGUGUGCGAUUACCGCCACGAUCAACUCGGGAUGCGAAGGAGACUAUCCCUGCGGAGGUAGGAGCAGAGUCAUGUCCCCCAACUACGCUUUCUGCUCCUUUGGAGGAUUUGAUUGUUGAAGAAGUAUCCGGAGUUGAUGCUCGUCGUCUUGGAGCUACCAUAUCUAUGCUUCAAGAGGUGAUCUGCUCGGUGGAGGACCCCUCAACUGCUUCGGGUUCUGGAAAUGUAUCUUUGUCGGUGUAUACAGGCGGAGCUCUGGCUGUAGGGGAUGUGGAGAAAUCCAAGGAACCAACUGCUCCAGGUACUUCCUUGGGUGCAGCUCCUCAUCUUGCGAAGAGUACUCAAGGCCUAGUACUCGGACUUCCGUCUGAGUCAGAGUUCCAGAGAGCUGUCGAUGUUUUUCGAAGCUUCCAGGAGCUGUAUGACCAGACGCAAAGGAACACUCGGGCCCUUCAGGAACGAAACGAGCAAUUGGAGCAGGAGUGUGCCCGGCUUACAGAAUCCUUGAAGGUUCAUGAAGUUGGAGCGAAAUCCUUUGAUGUGGAACGGUCAGAUCAUGAAGUCUUGCAGCAGAAGCUGGAGAGCCGCUACAAGUCUUUGAAUAAAAAGUAUCAAGAGCUCAAGAGGAAGGAGACUGUUGCGAGUAGUCAACUCCUUGAUUGGAGAAAUGCGCACGAUCGAGUAGCGGAUGAAGCUGAACAUCUUCGAGCUUCGCUAAUGGAGGCACAGGCUGCUUGCGAGCAUCAGCGAGACAGGAAGAUUCAGAAUAGGGUCCCACCUGUUGUAGUCGGCAGGCCUGAGCGGCCUUGUGAUAUUGUAAAAGCCUGA